AUGAAUUAUAAAUAUUUUAUACUAAUCUUAGGAUGUUUGUUAAUAACAAUUUAAGGAAGCAAAUGUAAAAAAGUAAUUAAUUCUAAUGCAAUUUAUAUAUUUGAUGAUUUAUAAGCAAAGGAGUAUAAAUAAAUUCUAAAUGGUAUUGGUUUAUUGAUGAUUUAGAAACAAGUACAUUAUAUUUUCGAUUUUGCUAACCCAUUUUAAAAUGUCCAGAGUUAGCAGUUAACACAUUUGCUGUAAUAAUAAAUAAUGAGGGAAAAUAAGAAUAAUAAUGCAUUUCUUUGAUUAACACAGAUUAAUACUUUGCAGAUUCUUUUGAACCAGUAGAUAAGGAUGAAUCAAAAAAAGGUGUGGUGGGAGAAUUCAAUAAGUAUUGAUUUAAUAGAAGAAUAGCACUUUAAAUGGUUUUUCUAUAAAAUAUGUUUUGUAUUGUUCAGAGCAAUAAGAAAGCCUAAAUAUAUUAGAGAUAUCUUAUGAGAAGGAUAAAUAAGAAUAUAUUAUUGAUAUGGAAGCAGAUAAUGGAUGCCCUUUGGUUUUAUUUUCUAAGAUUGUUGAGUUUCUAUAGGAUAAUAAGAAAUUUUUAUCAGCAAUUUUGAUAAUAAUAGGUUUGACAGAAUGUUUAAUGGGAAAGAAAAUUUUAAAGCCAACAUUAUUUAUUUUUGGCUACUUAUUUGGCUUUAUUUUCACUCUCUAUAUAUCAAGUGAAUUAGAUAUAGGAGAUAAUCCCUUUUAUUUAUGGAUUGCAAUGAUAAUAGCAGUUUUGCUUGGAGCUUUUGUAGGAGGAUUGUCAAUGCAUUUGGAUAAAGUUGGAAUUAUUGCAGUAGGUAUUGGAUUAGGAGUAGUAUUGUCUUUAUUAUUAUGGAACGCAUUAUUGGUUCAAUUUGUUUCCUCAGAAUAUAUUUUAUAUAUAAUAAUGGGAGUGUUAAGUUUUUUGUUUAGUUUUUUAUCAUUUAGAUUGUUCGAUCAUUUAAUUAUAUUUAGCACAAGUUUUUUGGGAGUAUAUAUAUUUAUAUCAAUUUUAUCUAGUCAUACUUAGUAUUUAAAGCUAUAGGAUUGAUUGCUGGAGGAUUUCCUUCAGAAAUUAAAAGUAUUUCAGGAAAUUCUGAUUAUAGAUAUUAUAUUUAUUUUACUUGCAUCAUCAUUUUAGCCUGUUUUGGCAUCUACUAUCAAUAUAAAUAAUGGGGAUAAAAGAUUAUAACUUAUGAUGAAAUUAUGUAAUCAAUGAUGAAUGGAAACUCACAAAUUGAAGUUAAGGAUAGAUUAUUAACUGAUAAGGAUUAAAUUGAACUUAGAAAUAUUUAGUAAUAAUCAGAUGUAAAAGGAUUUUAGUGA